GCGUACCGUGGAGGCGGCAGCGGGGGUGGCGAGCUGUGCCACUCGUGCCGUCAGCCGGGGCACUGUGAUGGAGUCUUAUGCGGGUUCUGAGGCGCCCAAUCAAAUUAUUUCCCCAAUUCCCACGUGUCCGUGUGCUCGUAUCUCUCAGCAGGCGUACCGUGGAGGAGGCGGCGGGGGUGGCGAGCUGUGCCACUCGUGCCGUCAGCCGGGGCACUUCGCGAGGGAGUGUCCCGUGGGGGUGGUGUGCCACGUGUGCGGCGGCAGGGGGCACAUGGCGGCGGCGUGCCCGUCUGAUCCCCGCGCCAUGCGCGGUGGCGGCGGCCGGCGAUAG